GUUAUAACUGACUUAGUACUUUGAAGUUCAAGCUCCAACACGUUCUGAUGAACUCUGCGCUCAUCUUACCAUAACAUGGAGACUUACGAUAAUAUUUCGCCAGUGAAAACCGAUGCAAAUACAUUUACGUUCACAGCGGAACAAGUUGCAUGUGUCUGUGAUGUUUUACGACAGACAGGAGAUGUAGAACGACUCAGUCAAUUUUUGUGGUCCCUCCCACCGAAUGAGCUUCUCAAUGGAGGUCCCAGUGUGCUGAAGGCCAGAGCAUUUGUGUCCUACCAUCGUGGACAUUUUCGCGAGGUAUACUCAAUUUUGGAGGGGCAUGAAUUUGACCCCAGCUCCCACGAGAUGCUUCAGGCGCUAUGGUACAGGGCACAUUACAGCGAAGCCGAGAAAAUACGCGGUCGCUGUCUCGGCGCUGUAGACAAGUAUCGAAUCAGAAGAAAAUUUCCUCUGCCUCGCACGAUUUGGGACGGRGAAGAGACAGUCUACUGCUUCAAAGAGAAAUCAAGACAAAUGCUUAAACAAUACUACAAGUUAAACAGGUAUCCAACGCCACAAGAGAAGAGAGAAAUCGCUAAACAGACGAGUUUGACUCUGAAACAAGUCAGUAAUUGGUUCAAAAACCGAAGACAACGUGARAGAAUGCCGUCAAAGAGCGGUGAUAGUUCCAUUCGUAAAAGUCUCGAUUCUUUAGAUUCUCCUCCAUCGCUGAAUGGGACAAUCGACAGUACCACUAAUGAUGUAGACAUUUGCAGUUCUCUGGUGAAAACUGAAGACAACCUACUCGCUGCAUCUCUAGCCCGAGUCGUACCUUUGAUGUGUGCUUCUGAGAUUGCUGUGUCAAGUAGCGACGACAUUGAGAUGAAUCAUUCCUCGCACAUAAAGAAAGAGUUGAUGUCGUAGUACUAGCAAAAUGCCUUGUUUUAACAGAGUUUGACGCAGUUUUGCCAAAACGCUUGGCACCAGGAGGAAUACGGUUUCACGAAAAAGGUCAACAACAUGCUAACUGUUUUGCAAAUGAUACUUUAUUGAACAGAACAAAAGCCAUUUAAAUGUCAUUUACAUAAACGUGACGGCAAACCUUAAACUUACACAGAAAAGCCAAUUGAAUGUCAACUGAAACUGACGGUGCCUUUAGAAUGUUGUUUCAGUUAAUCGAUUUCAUGUUUCUUGAUUAUAACAGUUGAUUUUCGGAUCAAUGCAAAUAUGACCUUUUAUGCUGUUUUAUGUGUUCUGUGUAGGAUACCGGAAAAGCUGAAAUUUGAGAAGUUUUGGUCAUUUCCUUGAAAUGGAAAUCGAUCGGUACUGCCAGAAACMUGAUACGUUUUACAACAAUAAUUUCUCCCUUGUAGGAGAGGGGUGAUUUAAUGCGAAUAAUUUAAAAAUUACCAUGGGAACACAUCAAUUGUAAAAAGAAUUUUUAUACAUACUUUUUUCAAACAAAAAUAAAAAUGUUAUUUUAAAAAG